AUUCCUGCGGGGAAGACUGCAGGCGUCCAGACAGUUGCGGGGCAUGUCUGGCCGAAGCCGACUACAACUCCCAUCAGGCCAUGCGCGCUAUAAGAGGUCUCCUCAGGUGGCGCCAGAGCAUUGUGGGAUUGGAUGAGUCUCAAGAUGGACAACCGGGAUGUUGCAGGGAAGGCUAACCGGUGGUUUGGGGUCGCUCCCCCCAAGUCUGCAAAGAUGAACAUGAACACCCUGCACCAAGAAGAGCUCAUCGCGCAGAAGAAGCGGGAAAUCGAGGCCAGGAUGGAGCAGAAAGCCAAGCAGAGCCAGGCGGCCAGCCCUCAGCCCCCGCAUCCCGGAGAAGUCGCGAACGCACACAACUCUUCCUGCGUCUCUAACAAAUUCGCCAAUGACGGCAGCUUCUUGCAGCAGUUCCUGAAGUUGCAGAAGGCACAGACCACCACAGACGCCGCCGCCAGCACAGCCGGCGCCCCUCCCAGCACACCCCCGCCCAGCGCCGGCAAGAGGCCCCUGCUGCUCGGCAAACGUGCGGGCCUGGGGCUGGGCGGCGCCCCGGGCCAGGUGAGGAACUACUCGCACGCCAAGCAGCUGCCCGUGGCCCAGCGGCCCAGCGUCUUCCAGUCCCCCGAUGAGGACGAGGAGGAGGACUACGAGCAGUGGCUGGAGAUCAAAGUUUCACCCCCAGAGGGAGCCGAGACUCGGAAAGUGAUAGAGAAAUUGGCCCGCUUUGUGGCAGAAGGAGGCCCCGAGUUAGAAAAAGUAGCUAUGGAGGACUACAAGGAUAACCCAGCGUUUGCGUUUUUACACGAUAAGAAUAGCAGGGAAUUCCUCUACUACAGAAAGAAGGUGGCUGAGAUGAGGAAGGAGGCGCAGAAGUCCCAGGGAGCCUCUCAGAAAGUUUCACCCCCAGAGGACCAGGAGGCCAAGAGCCUCGCAGAAAAGCUGGCCAGGUUCAUAGCGGACGGGGGUCCCGAGGUGGAAACCAUCGCCCUCCAGAACAACCGCGAGAACCAGGCAUUCAGCUUUCUGUACGAACCCAACAGCCAGGGGUACAAGUACUUCCGGCAGAAGCUAGAGGAGUUCCGGAGCGCCAAGGCCGGCUCCACAGGCACCCCCCCAGCACCUGAGCCCAGCCCGAAGCACACGUCCCCUCCUGACGCCCCGUCGGGGGCCUCGCCCCCUGCCGCCACCUGCCCCACCUCAUCCGCCCCCGCGCCGGCCGCCGCCCCCGCGCCGGCCGCCCCCGGGAAGCCGGCCUCCGCCACGGCCGCCGUGAAAAGAAAGCGGAAGAGCAGGUGGGGGCCCGAGGAGGACAAGGUGGAGCUCCCCCCUGCGGAGCUGGUGCAGCGAGAGGUGGACGCCUCGCCCUCGCCUCUGUCAGUUCAGGACCUCAAGGGGCUCGGCUACGAGAAGGGGAAGCCCGUGGGUCUGGUGGGCGUCACGGAGCUGUCAGACGCCCAGAAGAAGCAGCUGAAGGAGCAGCAGGAGAUGCAGCAGAUGUACGACAUGAUCAUGCAGCACAAGCGGGCCAUGCAGGACAUGCAGCUGCUGUGGGAGAAGGCGCUGCAGCAGCACCAGCACGGCUACGACAGCGACGAGGAGGUGGACAGCGAGCUGGGCACCUGGGAGCACCGGCUGCGCCGCAUGGAGAUGGACAAGACGCGGGAGUGGGCCGAGCAGUUGACCAAGAUGGGCCGGGGCAAGCACUUCAUCGGAGACUUCCUGCCACCCGAUGAGCUGGACAAAUUCAUGGAGACCUUCAAGGCGCUGAAGGAGGGCCGCGAGCCCGACUACUCGGAGUACAAGGAGUUCAAGCUGACCGUGGAGAACAUCGGCUACCAGAUGCUCAUGAAGAUGGGCUGGAAGGAGGGCGAGGGGCUGGGCUCCGAGGGCCAGGGCAUCAAGAACCCGGUCAGCAAGGGCACCACCACCGUGGACGGCGCCGGCUUCGGCAUCGACCGGCCGGCUGAGCUCUCCAAGGAGGACGACGAGUACGAGGCUUUCCGCAAGAGGAUGAUGCUGGCCUACCGCUUCCGGCCCAACCCCCUGAACAACCCGAGGCGGCCGUACUACUGACAGCUGCGCAGGCGGCUUUCCCAGCACCGGUCCUGGACCAUGGAACGUGGCCGCGCUGCGCCCGCCCCUGCCGUCACCAGUGUCGUGCUGUGUAUUAAAGUCUCAGUGCUCACCCGCUGUCCAGUCCCUCAGCGC